AAACAUGUAAAACGGUCCGCUUCCCAAUUCCUUUCUAUUUUCAUUCUUUCCCUCGUCCCAACCAAUUUAAAUUUCAAAUUUCCCCAAAUUAAAACCCAACUCAAUACCAAGAACUAGAAGCUCUCCUCCCUAGUUCUCCGAAUUCCCACUUCGGGAACCCUAAUUCGACCGAUCUUGCUGGGAGCUAGGGCUUGAUCUUCUUCGCGAGCUCGGAGAUCAGUCCUUCUCCCUCUCGAUCUCCCGCUCUCUCGCAGUAGUUUUUGGAGCGGUCGGAGAGGUUCGAUUGGAGGAGCCUGAUCGGAAAUGGGGUGUCUUUUUGGUUGCUUUCGGCUUAAAGGCGAUGACCAGCGGAAAGCUCAUAUCUUUUCCAGUUCGACUCCUUCUAUGAGCACGGAGAAGUUGCCGUCAAAAAACCAGCUUGCAUCUGUUUUCUUGCGAGAAGAAGAGGAAGUUUCUCCCCACGAGCAAGUAAGGCAUAAGGAUAACGUUGAUAAGGAUAGCAGCUUAGAGAGACAACUUAAGCAUGAGGCCAAAUUUCUCAAGUCUUGUGGUGCUUUGCUAGAAACUCCUGCUGAAAUUCGUAAAGCAUCUGAAAGAGUAAUCCAACAAAUUCCUGAUCAGGACUGCAUGCUUCCUCAAUUCGACUCAUGGCUUUCUGGUACAGCUGGGAGGAAACUUCUAUGGGAUGAACAACAUGGUCAACUUCCCAAAACUCCACAGACGCAUGAAGAUUCUGGUUUUUCAGAAAAAAGUCCUGAAGUCUUUACUUCUGAGGGACAUAAUACAUUGCGACACUUUGAGAAUAUUAUGCCCUCAGUUUCUCCAAUCAAGUCUUUGAGAUCAGAAGGUGUAAAACAUGAGGCUGGAGUUAAAUCUGGAAAAGGAGCUGUUACCGAUAUGUCUCCAUCUCGGAAAGAAAGCCAGUUUUCACCAUUUGCUUCAAAAUGUUCGCCUUUUCCAACUCCACUAAAAUUGACAGAUGAGAUGCAGACUCCUGCAACUGUUUAUCCAUCUAACCUAGAGAAAUUCAGAACUGAGAAAAGCACCAGGAUUCGAACACAAUAUGUAAACUCAGUUUUAAAUCCCGUGGAAAAUAUAUCUCAAUGGAAAUUGCUGAGUGAGGGCUGCAGUCAUCCUGGUGAAUCACAUGAUCAAUUUGAACAGAGAAAUGGUGAUAGUCCAGAUACCAAAAAGAAGACAGAGCAGGCAUUACUUACUUCAGAUCCUAAGAAUUCUAAAUUGACCAGCUCUUCAAGACCCACAAUGCUAAAUGAGAAGACAAGCCAAAAUGAUGGGGUCAUCUACAAAGAUAAAUAUGUCUGUGGUGAGAGCUCCUUUAGUUUGGCAACACCUUUGCAUAGCAAAGAAAAAGUACCCUUUAGGUCAGACAGUUCACAAAUUGUUGUCACAAGUUUGUCUCAAUGGCUGAGGCCUCCAACCACAAACAACAAAGGAGGGAAUGAGAUUAUGACAAAGGAAAGGUCUCACUCUGGUAAGAGUUCUGAUGGAGACAGGCCUAUUCUCGGUAUGGUUGCUGCACAUUGGAAUGAAGAGGAACCUGAUCGUAUUUCACCUAAGACGUGGGAUGGAAAUGGAAUUCCAAAUUCAACAAACAAGUACAAAGAGGAUCAGAAAGUUAGUUGGCAUGCCACCCCAUUUGAAGAGAGGCUAGAAAAGGCUUUAUCAGAUGAGAAUUUUCUCCCUCAAAGGAAAUGCCUCAAAGGAAAGCCAGUCAGGUUUGAGAAUGAGGGUGAGGAAAGUGAUACAGCUGCAUCAUAAGGUCCUGUUUAUCUGCUCUUUUGACUUGGGUUUGCCUGGAAAAUUAGCAGCUGAGUUUUAUACAUCUUAAGGAAUUGCAACUUUAUGCAGUCAUGAUAUUUUUAGUUGACUGUGUUGUAUUUUUGUACACUUUUCUCUGUGCCUUAAUAGUUACAUGACUUGCUGCUCCUCAUUUAGGUCUGAGGCUGCUGUUUGCAUUGUACAAAAGAAGCUUUAUUUCCCGAUAGGAAUGCUGUUCUCCAAAUCUCUGUCUGCAGUCCAUUUAAAUUCUUUUUUUUUUCUAUUCAUUUAGAAGGUUUUGAAUCUAUGGACAAUUCCUGGGGUGCAGUGUAGCAUUCGAUGAUCUCCUUUGGAGGCUUCUUGUUGCAACAAUUACCUCCAUAAACAUGAAAAGCUGUAUCAUGCUUGUUGUCCAAACUGAGAUUCUGUAUAUAUGUUCAGAUUCUUACUA